GAGCAGGUGGUCGGCCUAGUUGCAGUCAUCUGGUGGCACAAGCUAUACCUGGUACUACCCAGAUGACAGUCAGAAGCAUCAUCUUUAGCACAUAAUUUUAGUUCGAGCCACAACAUUGUCUCCUGUGCAAAAGCAAACUUUUGCCUUUAUUUUUCCUUCAUUUACAAUGUAAUGUCUUCCUGUCCUUGUUGCCUUUCUAUGAAUCUGCUGCAGUUUGCCAAUGUCCUUUCUAAAAUGGACUGAACUGAGCAGAACUGGGCAGGAAUCAUGUCUCCCACCCAAGGGUGCUGUUGGAGUGCAGAAGGAUCUGGAGGGCAGCAGGAUUCCCACUCACCCUGGGGGUCUAUCCAUCUGUCUCCUCUAUACCGCCUUCUCUCAUGUACUGCUGCUAGGCUGAGUGCCUUGGCUCUGGCUGAAGUUACAUACCUUUGUGGUAUAGGUUUUGUAAGAAUGCAGUAUGUCAAGGAACUUUGUGGCCUAAUGUGCUCUCAGUGUCUCCAGGCGCCUUGCUUUAGAAACGUGGGGCAGGGAUCACGCUGCAGGGAAAGAGAGGAUCAGGAAAAUAUCUUUUUCCCGAGUUGGGAGAAAUCUACACAAGAAAAUGAAGUAUUUUUCUCCCAAGACUGAUCACUUGGGAUAGUCUGUCCAUACAGAUGGCCACUCAGGUUUUGAGUGGAGAUGUGAAGAAGCGGGAUCUAGGUAGGAAAUGCUUUGCAUCGUUAGCCCCUUUCCGUGUUGACCAUAUUAUUAGAGGCCUUCCUUUACCAAGGUUGGAUUAGACACAGGAUCUUAGGCCGCUAUCCCCUUUGCAGGGAUUGUUCUUUGUUGGGCAAGUGUUAAAGUGCUUCUCAGCAGGCAACGGGCUCUUACCAGUUGGGCCAGUCUUUCUCCCCUCUUCCCCUGUGAUUGCUACAGCACUAGGCUAUUGUUCUUCAUGUUCAAUGAGAUCUUUCUGUACUCUGCUCCUGAUAAGAUUUUCCUCUUAUUCAUCUCGCAGGUAACCUCUAAACGAACCUUAUGAAGAAAACAUUGCCGUUUGCCUUACGUCUGAAAGGAAAGUACGCAGGAUUAACAAGAACAAGAAAUAAAUUGGAGAAAUUAUAUUUCAAGCUACAUACCUUUGAAUGUAAGGAAAGGAAGGAUUGUGCUGUAAAAAGAGGGGUUGGUAAAGAGAAAAUAAGGCUACAGCAAUACAGAGACUGGGAAGAGGAAAUGUCCUAUUCAGGAGUCCAUAUCUGUGAACUUCAGGCAUAAUAUUAGAAUAAUAAAUGUUAAAAAAUGGAAACUUCAUUGUCAAAAUCACACACAGGGGAGAAGCGACAUAAUUGUAAGGACUGUGGGAAAUGUUUCAUUAGGAGAAGUUCUCUUGCUAAACAUCAACUAACUCACACAGGAGAGAAGCCAUAUAAAUGUGUGGAAUGUGGAAAGAGCUUCAGUCAGAGUGGAAAUCUACACACCCAUCAAAGGACUCACACAGGGGAGAAGCCACAUACAUGCAUGGAAUGUGGAAAGAGCUUCAGUCAGAGUGGAGAUCUACGCACCCAUCAAAGGACUCACACAGGGGAGAAGCCACAUACAUGCAUGGAAUGUGGAAAGAGCUUCAGUCAGAGUGGACAUCUGCGUAUCCAUCAAAGGAUGCACACAGGAGAGAAGCCACAUAAAUGCAUGGAAUGUGGAAAGAGCUUCAGUGAGAGUGGAAAUCUACGCAGCCAUCAAAGGACUCACACAGGGGAGAAGCCACAUACAUGCAUGGAAUGUGGAAAGAGAUUCAGUGAGAGUGGACAUCUGUGUAUCCAUCAAAGGAUGCACACAGGAGAGAGGCCACAUACAUGCAUGGAAUGUGGAAAGAGCUUCAGUGAGAGUAGAAAUCUACGCAGCCAUCAAAGGACUCACACAGGGGAGAAGCCACAUACAUGCAUGGAAUGUGGAAAGAGCUUCAGUAAGAGUGGACAUCUGCGUAUCCAUCAAAGGAUACACACAGGAGAGAAGCCACAUACAUGCAUGGAAUGUGGAAAGAGCUUCAGUCAGAGUGGAGAUCUACGCACCCAUCAAAGGAUCCACACAGGGGAGAAGCCACAUACAUGCAUGGAAUGUGGAAAGAGCUUCAGUAAGAGUGGACAUCUGCGUAUCCAUCAAAGGAUACACACAGGAGAGAAGCCACAUACAUGCAUGGAAUGUGGAAAGAGCUUCAGUCAGAGUGGAAAUCUACGCACCCAUCAAAGGACUCACACAGGGGAGAAGCCACAUAAAUGCAUGGAAUGUGGAAAGAGCUUCAGUCAGAGUGGAGAUCUACGCACCCAUCAAAGGAUUCACACAGGGGAGAAGCCACAUACAUGCAUGGAAUGUGGAAAGAGCUUCAGUCAGAGUGGAAAUCUACACACCCAUCAAAGGACUCACACAGGGGAGAAGCCACAUAAAUGCAUGGAAUGUGGAAACAGCUUCAGUGAGAGUGGACAUCUGCGUAUCCAUCAAAGGACUCACACAGGGGAGAAGCCACAUACAUGCAUGGAAUGUGGAAAGAGCUUCAGUCAGAGUGGAAAUCUACACACCCAUCAAAGGACUCACACAGGGGAGAAGCCACAUAAAUGCAUGGAAUGUGGAAAGAGCUUCAGUCAGAGUGGAAGUCUACGCACCCAUCAAAGGAUGCACACAGGAGAGAGGCCACAUACAUGCAUGGAAUGUGGAAAGAGCUUCAGUCAGAGUGGAAGUCUACGCACCCAUCAAAGGAUGCACACAGGAGAGAAGCCACAUACAUGCAUGGAAUGUGGAAAGAACUUCAGUAACAGUUCGAAUCUUCGUACCCAUCAAAAGAUUCACACAGGAGAGAAGCCACAUAAAUAGGACAAGUGCAAAGAAGCAGAAUGGUUGUCCAAAGAACUUCUAACGACUAUGACUCAAAAGAGACAUGAACAGGAAGUGGAAGGGGAAGAAAUCAUAUAACCAUAGAGUUGGAAGAGACCUCAUGGGCCAUCUAGUCCAACCCCCUGCCAUGAAGCAGGAAAUUGCAUUCAAAGCACCCCGGACAGAUGGCCAUCCAGCCUCUGCUUAAAAGCCUCCACAGAAGGUUCCACAGCUGAACUGCUCUCACAGUGAGGAACUUCUUCCUUAUGUUCAGGUGGAAUCCCCUUUCCUGUAGUUUGAAGCCAUUAUUCUGCAUCCUAGUUUGCAGAGCAGCAGACAACAAGUUUGCUCCCUCCUCCUUAUGGGAUUUUGGCCUGCAUAAAUAGGGGCAGAGUGUCUAGAUCCAGGGAAGUCAUGCUCCCCCUCUAUUCUGCCUUGGUCAGACCACUUUACCUGGAAUCACACUGUGUCUAAUUCUGGGCACUGCAAUUGAAAGGAGACGUUGAAAAGCUGGAAGGUGUCCAGAGGAGGGCGACUAAAAUGAUCAAGGGUCUGGAGAACAAGCCCCAUGGGGAGCGGCUUAAAGACCUGGGCAUCUUUAGCCUGCAGAAGAGUAGGCUGAGACAAGAAUGAAUAAAUGCAUGUACAAGUAUAUAUGAAAAUAUCAAUCUGGGUUUGUAAAAGGAAGGCAAAUGUCACGUUUGAUAGGAAGAGUAUUAAACAAAAUAUGUCUGUCUCAAGAGAGGAAGUUAAAAGUGGGGAUACUAGCAUUAGAUAUAUUUAAUGCUUUGAUUGUGUAGCAUGGCAGAUAAUAAGUGAGAUUAUGAAUUAAUUUGGAAUGGGAAGUAGAAUAAAAGGAUGAUUAGAACCAUUUUAUUUGCUAUGGUGAUAGAAUUAUGUGCAAACGCCAUCCAAAAAGGUAAGAAUGUAGAAGGUGUAGGAAUAAAGGAAAAGCAGAAGGUGAGCUUAUUUGCUGAUGACACAUUGUUAUUGAUUAAAUAUCUGGGUAGGUCAAAUGGAUAGGAGAGAGGAUCAUUGAAAGAUAUUUGGGAAAACAGUGGGUUUAUAUUAUACAAAGAAAGAAGAAAAAAACUUUAUAGAACAGAGCCAUACGGGAAUUAGAAUCAAGAACAAAUUAAUAUACCUGGGAGUAAGUAUAACAAAGGACUUAAAAGAAAUAGAAGAGGUAAAUGUAGUAGCAUUGAGGAAAAUAGUUCAAAAAAAUUAAUACACAUCUAUCUUGUUUGGAAAGACAGCAAUACUAAAAAUGAAAAUGCUUCUGAGGAUAAACUUUAUACUUACAUAUACCUUAUAUUUAUAAUGCCAUUUCAGAUUACAGAAGAAGAGGUGAAUACAUUAUUUCUUUGCAACAUUUCUACCCCACCUUUCUCCACCCCAAAGGAGACUCAUUUGGACAAAUGAUAAAUACUGUAAUGGCAGUCAAAGAAAUUGCCGAAACAAGUUACAGAACAGAUCUCAAAAAGAAGAAGGAUUAGCGCUUCCUCAUAUGAAAAAAUAUUAUAAAGCAAACAGACUGAGAUUGGUUAUACAAGGAAUGAUGAAAAGGAGGAUGUAGAAUAGUUAAUAAUGGAUUCAGGAAAAGUGGAGGAAGAAAUUCGUAAUAUGUUUUAAAAUAGUUUAUGAGAAAAAAAAUAAGGUAAACUGGGAACCCAAUGUUGAGUAAUGCAUUAGAAAUAUGGAACAAAUACAGGAGAAAGUUAAUAACAGAUGGCUCAAUAAUAACCCCAAUUAUAAUGGAAAAGACAUUUCCAAAAAAUAAAAAAUAUAUAUGAUGGAUAAAAAAAUUAAGGGGAAAAACUUAGAUAAAAUAGGGGAUUGACCAAAGGUUGGAAUGAAGAAAGAAAAGAUUAGGAACAUAAAAAUUUGAAAGGAAUAUCCAGUAAAAUUUCUAAAAUAUUAAUUGAAAAAAACAAAGGAAAAGUAAAGAAUAACACAGAGGGGUUAUAAUUAUGGGCACAAAGACACUUGAAAAAUAUAUCCAUAUGUGUUAAAGAAAAUUAUUAUUUAGUUGAUAUGGAAAUGGUACCUCACACCCAUAAGAAUAGGAAAUAUAAAUAAAAACUACUCAAACAAUUGCUGGAGAGGAUGCCAAGAAUCGGGAACAUACAUACAUAUGUGGUGGCAGUGUCAAUAUAUAAAUAAUUUCUGGGGAAAAGUAUUAAGAGAGAUAGAAGACACAAUGAACAUUCAAAUAGAAAGAAGUCUUAGCAUGGCUUUAUUCUCAUUAUAUAAUAAUAAACAGUUGGAAAAAGAGGACAAAGAUGCGAUAACAAACGCAUUAACAAUUGCAAGACUGCUUAUAGCAAGGAAUUGGAAAAGGGAAAUAAAUAUAGAGAUAGAAGAAUGGUAUAAGGAAGUAUGGAAACUGGGAAGAAAUGAUAGGUUGACGUGGAGAGGGAUUUAGAAACAAAGUGGUUGUGAUGAUGUCUGGAGAAAAUGUAUUGGAAGAGGAUUCAAAAGAAAGACAGAAUUACCUCCUCAAGAGAGAAUGAAAAGGAAUUUUGGACAGAUGAUAAAUAAAAAAAGUGACUUGGGGGAGGGUAAGAAAUCUGUAUAAGCGUGACAAUAACAGUAGAUGCCAAAUGUUAAUGUAUUGUAGAUUGUACUGAAUAUAAUGUGGCUGCUGUAAAAGGAUGUACGAUUUUUUUUAAAAAAAAUUAAUAAAUGUAUUUGUAAUUUGUAUAAAUAUGCAUUUGUUUUUCUUUCAUGUGUUUGAAUAUAAAUUAUUUUAAAAAACAGAUUAUGAUGUAGCAGCUAUAAAAGCCAAUGUGAUUCCAGGCUGUCCCGAUAGGAGGAUUCUGUCUAUAUCCAAGGAAGUCACGGCCUCCUUUCUUCUGCUUUGGUCAGACUCACCUGGAAUGACCCUGUCUCCAGGUCUCGGUCCCACAAUUCAAGACGGAUAUUGACAGGUCAGAAUAUCUCCAGAGACGGGAUGUAGAGAAGGGCGGAGAGAGACAGCUGGGUAUGUUUCACUUGGAGGAAAGAAGGAAGGGCUUCUCCCUCGGCAGGAAGGAAAUGUUGGAUCCCAAAAGGGUUGGCCGUGGUCAGGAUGAGAGGUGGACGGAGAGGAAAGGCGUGUCCAUGAGACCCCGUGUUGCCUCCUCCUGGAAUGGACUCCUAGGACCCUAGAGCCGGAAGAGACCCCCAAGGGCCACCCCGUCCUGCCCCUGCCAUGCAGGAAGGCACAAUCAAAGCACUCCAGGUAGAUAGCAACUGCAGAGAAGCCUCCAGAGAAGGAGACUCCACCACACUCUGAGGCAGCCUAGGCCACUCUCCAACAGCCCUUACUCGUUCUUAUUGUGUAUCUUUGUAUAUUAAGAGAAGACCUGUAAAUAGUUAUAAGUAGUGAAUAAAUCAAGAAUAAAACCUCCAAGGACUUUGGAUGAAA